AUGUUCCUUUGUUCGUGCACGACGCGCGCGACGUGUUGCCUCGGCGAGAUCCAAAGAUCGACUGAACAGCAGCAGUGCGCUGUGCGCCGGCCGGCCGUACCGGAACGCUCUCGAUUACGUCACAGCCACAUGCUCGUUUCUUUCUGCCAAUCGCAUCUUAGGCGGAAAGUGGGGUGCAAAGUGGGCGGAGCUACACCUAUCGCUUUCAAAUGCAGUAGCUUCAAGUUGAUCCACCGCGCACCCCACUUUCCGCCUAAGAUGCGAUUGGCAGAAAGAAACGAGCAUGUGGCUGUGACGUAA